UAUCAUGCUAAUAAGCAAAACAUAAUAUAUGUUUCUUAUCAGUUGUGUGCUUAUUAUGCGAGCGAUUGUAUGUGCGAUUUAAAAUAUAUUUAUGAAGAGUGGGUACGAGUUAAAAUAGUUUGAUUCACAGUAUUGGAAUUUUUGUGUAGUGCGCAAUACUUAUAAUUUACAAGGAAUCAAUUUAGUUCUACACACACAUAUAUAUUCAAGAACGCAGACGACGCUAGUACAGAUAUCAUAGUUUCAGUGAAAAUCACAUAAUUCCUAUGCCGAGUAAAUCAUGUCCGGCCACCUGAUGCCAGGAAAUAAAGGAAGCAGUUCUGAUGAAGCAAUAAGAAAGAACGCGCGACCUCUACAUCUACCAGCCAUUGCGAAAAAUGGAGACGUAGUAAAUAGAUCGUCAAUGAAACCUGGAACCUUUGAAGAUGAACAGAAACUGCCCCCUGUAAGACCGCAAAGAGGGAUCAAAUCAAGACUAUACUACCGGAAAAGAAAAGUUUCUGCAGUGACAAUCAAAGAUUAUUUUGAUAAUAACAGGAAGAAUUUAGAAAAAUAUAUUAUGGAAUUUGUGACUGUUGAAGAACUGCAACAGUGGCUAAUUAAGAAAACCACCUGUAACAUUAUGUGCCCAAACGACGAAAAUAAUGAAGUAGGGAGUAAAGAGAAGUUUUUGAAUACUAUAAAAUCAUUUGAUAACGUUAAGGAUGAGGAGUCUGCAAUAAAGGAAAUAGCAAUUUCUGUUGGCACAUCAUUGGGCGCUGGUGCCUAUGGAGUAUAUAAACUGUUUCCCCAGGACCCGGCCGUAGUUCAAUACUAUGCGAUUGAUAAUCAGAAUACAUUACUCCAGACAGAGGCAGAAUAUACAGAGAACGUCCUGGAAGUGGCUAAGACUGGUGGAAUCCUUCGGUUAUCCACAGACAUUGACCGCUCAUUGAGAAAUACGAAACUGAAUCAUGUGAUGUAUCAACCGAUCUUAAACGAGUCUGGACAGACUACUUACAUUGUAGAACUGUGGAGAGCCGACGCUUUUGACGAAGCAGAAGAGAAGUUAUGCUCAAACUUUAUUACUUGGAACAGUCUAGCACUGCACUACUGUAAUUUGUACUGGGCAAAGCACCGGGACUAUGAUAUGUGCGGAUUUUUACUAGAGUCUGUGAAAUCUAUAUUUGAAGACAUCGAAUCCCUAGAUCACGUUAUGAAGAGAGUUUUAGAAUUUGUGCAAAAAUUGGUUAAGGCAGAUCGUGCGUCUCUGUUUCUUGUUGAUAAUAAAAAAUCAGAACUGGUACCACCAUUAUUUGAUAUUGAAUAUGAACCAUGUCAUCUGAGAGCUAAUGGCAAAUUCAAAGAAAUAAGAGUGCCCCUGAAGAGAGGAAUUGCUGGCCAUGUAGCUCUGACGGGUAAAAAUCUUAACAUAGCAGAUGCCUACUCGGAUCCCAGAUUUAACAGUGAGGUCGAUGAACUAACUGGAUAUAAAACAAAAAACAUUCUUUGCAUGCCUAUUAAGGUACAAGGUAAUGUGAUGGGCGUUGUUCAAAUGAUAAACAAGAGGAACAAUGCUACAUUUGACAAAAAGGACGAAAUGGCAUUUGAACGAUUCUCCACGUUUUUUGGACUAGCGUUGCAGCACGCUAAACUGUAUCAUGACAUAUUAAAACAAAAGCUAAAGUAUGAAGUUGCUCUGGAAGUGCUAAGCUAUCACAACACUUGCAAAGAUCGUGAAGUUCACGAAAUCAAUAAGGAUAUCGAGACAUUUAAUAUCAAUAUGGAUAACUUUUAUCUGGAUCCUUAUAUGUUUGAUGAGAUCCAAAAAUGCAAAGCGGCUAUAACAAUGUUUGAUGACUUAUUUGAUUUAUCAAAUUUCAAUAGAUUAUCUGUAAUAAGAUUUAUACUAACUGUGAAAAUAAACUAUAGAAACGUACCGUAUCAUAACUUUGAUCAUGGAUGGUCUGUUGCUCAUGCGAUGUAUGUUAUGUUGAAAAAUGAUAAUGAAAACCGAUUCGAUUCCAAAAUGCGGCAGGCUCUAUUUGUGGCUAGUUUAUGUCAUGACUUGGAUCAUCGAGGCUAUACUAAUAAAUAUCUCAAUGAAACGGCAUCACCUUUAGCUACUAUGUAUACUACUUCUCCUCUUGAGCACCAUCACUUCAAUAUAACUGUGAAGAUCUUACAUCAGAGUGGUCACGAUAUAUUUUCUCAUAUGGCACACGAGGAAUAUCGUGAUAUUUUAAAAGAUAUUGAACAUUGUAUAUUAGCAACGGAUUUAGCAGCAUUCUUUCCAAAUAUGAAGAAAAUAAAAUCAAUAUUAGAAGCAGACAAAGUUCAAUUAUUUAAUUGGCAGGAUCCGAAUAAUUGCAAACUAGCAAUGGCAAUAUCAAUGACUGCUGCUGAUCUAUCCGCAUCCACAAAACCUUGGGAUAUUCAAAUAAAAACUGUGCAAGUAAUAUUUGAAGAGUUCUACGAACAAGGUGAUAUGGAAAGGGCGGCUGGAAAAACACCUAUGCCUAUGAUGGACAGAUACAAGCCUGAAGAACAAGCGACUAGUCAGGUCGGUUUCUUGGAGCAAAUAUGCGUACCGUGUUACGAAAUUCUUCGACAAAUACUUCCGAAUACAAUACCAAUGUAUGAAAUGGUAGGUAAAAAUCUCGAAACUUGGAGAUCAAUCAAGAUGAACAAAAAUUUAAGUAACCUAAAGGAUAACCGGGCUCUGAAUAAUGACUUACAAACCUCAGCUGCUCAGAAUGAUUUAGAACAGAAAAGUAAUAUAAUGAAUGAACUAAAAGUAACAAAUGAUCAAUCAUAUAAUGGCGCUUUAAUUGAAAGUAAAAUAAACAAUACUCUUCGAAAAAUUGAUUCGUUUGAAGACCUUAGCGAUAAACUAAAAUUUAAAGAUAAAGUUGGUAAAAUAAUUAAAUUGUUGCCUACGCAAAGUUCCACUGAUGACGAAGGUGUAGUAACACCAACACACAGCCGACACACAACACAGAAACCAUAUUGAAUAGGAUUGUGAUCGAUAUAUCAGUAAUUUAGUUAUUAUAUUUUCAAAGCUCGUGAAUGCUACUUGUUUGAGUAUGGUAGUAUAACACUUUUCCAGGGCAGAUUCAGUGGUUGCAUUUAGAAGGUCGGCCUAUUGAAUUGGCUCACUUUGUUAACGCUUUUCCCUUAGGGGUAUAAACUGGAAACUUCAGUAUUUGUAUCUGCACAGUGGGUGACUUCUGUAUUUUUUGUAAGAUCGUAAAAAAAUUAUAGAUUGUAUCUUGUGAGAGAAGACCGGUUGAUGCAAGUUACCAAAGAUAACUAAAGCUAAGUUAAUAUUCUCCUUAGGGUUAGUAUUAUUGGCAUACCUGAAAACUAAAAUUAGUAAUGUAAAGGUACUGUCUCGCGACCUCGUCGCCGAACUACGAUUAAAAGUUGAUGGCAUGAAUUACUGUAACGCCUGAUAAAAACGGGAAUAAUUCAUUUAUUAUGUUUACGUGACUUAACUGUAACAAAAAAAAUAACUAUUCAACAUAAACAAAGAGAUGAAACUGUUUAAUACUUGCUUCUACUUUGUUUUAAAUAUAAGUUUCUACAAAAUUCUUACAAGUUACAUAACUUAAAUUAGUAUUUAUUAAUUCUUAGCAAAGUUUUGGUUAUAUUAAAACUAUUAAAUUUUGGAAUACUCCAAAAGUACUGCUAAAGUUUGUUAAAGAUGAUCAAGAUAUGGCUCCCUUAUAUCAGAAAUUAUUUUUUCGUGCAGGUGAUAAAUGCAAUUUUAAUCAAAUGAAUUGCUGAGUAUUACUGAAUUAUAAUAAUUAAACAUUAAUGUU